AUGGGCAGCAGCACCCAGGGACCCACCAUCACCUCGUCCUGGGUGGGGCUGGAGCUGGGUUUCCCAGUCACGGGAGAGCCGGGGUGCGGCGUCGGGCUGGAGAUGAGCCCUCUGGUAGCACAGAAUGAACAGGGUACCAGGAUUAUUUAUGAUCGUAAAUUUUUGAUGGAGUGCCGCAAUUCUCCGCUUGCCAAAACACCACCUUCUGACCUUCCGGACAUUCCAGGUGUUACAAGCCCCAGUGUGGAGGAGUUGAAGAUUGAGAACAACCAUGUCCAAAACUGUGAGGAGAAAGUGAGCGCAGGUGAGGAAGAGCAGUUUGACAUGGACAUCUAG